AUGACGACCAUGCCCGGAGCCGCCCCCUGCCUCCUGACCCAGCUACGGUUGUCUGUCAGUGCCGAGCUGGCCAAGGGCUGCAGCGAGCAGCGGCUGCUGCAUGCAUGCAACGAGGCGGUUGCAGAGCGGUGCCAGCAACUGGGCGGCGGUGCAGCGGCAGCCACACGCCAGCUGGAAGAGCUGUGGCAGCAGCACGGGAAACAGGUGGCACCACAGCUGCGGGCGCUGGGCAUGCUGGAGGCGCAGACUGAGCAGCUAGAGGAGCUGGUGGCGCAGCUGGACGCCAUCUGCAGGCGACUGCAGGUUAAGAUUGCCAAACUCUUCCACUCUGUCCAGCACGAGCUUCGCGUCCAGCGCCCCAUUGCGUACGUGCUAGAUUAUGCCGCUCACGAGGCAGCAGACUACCCGCAGGAGUGCCGGGACCGGUACCAUGGCCUGCCCUUUUUGCGCACCAUCAACGCCUCCUGGCAGCAGCCGGCUGCGGGCCCGCUGAACAGCAGCCUCAGCUGCUUCUUCCAGUUCGACGUUUAUCCCGAAGCCUACUGCACUGGCGCCAACCUUGCGCUGGAUCUCACAAAGUUUGCGGUGGGUGUGUAA